CUCGCAGCAGCUUCACUUUGGAGGAGGAAAAAAAGGCCGCAGAGGGGACGAAUAACGGUACCUACCCUCGAGCUGGAUUUCGGCUUUCCCCCCGCUCUCCUACCGAAUGCCCCGGGAGACAUUUCAUGGCGUCGCCGUGCGGCUGAGGAGCGUCCAACUUGCACCGUGGAAGUAAAAAAAUGGCCUGGAUGUGGAAGAGGAAGUCAGUGAUCGCCACCGGACUGGUGGCGGCGGUGUCGCUCUUCUUGGUGGCCGUCCACCUGGCCGAGAAGCCUUACUUCCCGUGGCAGCCUGCGUUCGGCGAGGCGUUCGGCGGCCACUGGGUGGCUUCCAAGCAGACCUACCAGGCCUUCAAGCCCCACCCGGGCUACGUCAGCAUCCCCAAACAGGAACCCCUGAAGCUGAAGUGUGAGCUGUGCAGUGUGGUGUCCAGCUCGGGCCAGAUGCUGGGCCAGGCGGCGGGGACGCUCAUCGACAGCUCGCCGUGCAUCUGGCGCAUGAACAACGCGCCCACGCGGGGGUUCGAGCGCGACGUGGGCCGCCGCACCACGCUUCGGGUGGUGUCGCACACCAGCGUGCCGCUGCUGCUGCAGAGGCCGCAGCACUUCUUCGGCCAAAACAACGACACGGUGUACGUGGUGUGGGGACCGCUGCGCAACAUGCGCACCGACGGCAAGGGCGUGGUGUACAACAUGCUGCGACAGGCGGCCGACAGCUACCCGCAUGCGCGCAUCUACGCCACCACCGAGGACAGGAUGAACUACUGCGACAUGGCCUUCAAGAAAGAGACAGGCAAGGACAGGAUCCAGUCAGGGUCGUACCUCAGCACCGGCUGGUUCACGCUCAUCCUCGCCAUGGACAUGUGCAAAGAGAUCCACGUCUACGGCAUGAUCAACGACACCUACUGCAAGACCGAAGGCUACCGCAAAGUCCCCUACCACUACUACGAGGCCGGCAGCCGGGACGAAUGCGCCGAGUACCUUCUGCACGAGAGCGCCCCCUAUGGAGGGCACCGCUUCGUCACAGAGAAGACGGUGUUCGCCAAAUGGUCGAAAAACCACGCCAUCAAGUUCUUCAACCCGCCCUGGCAGCUGUCGUGAUGCUCGAAAACGCUCGUUCCAAACAUCAUCCGUCAGGUUUUUGCUUGUUUGGCGGACAGCGGACGCUUUUUGCCAUUCACAUCAUGCAGCAGUCCAGCCAAGGCUCCCUUUUUCUUUAAUACGAGGAUAAACCGAAGGAAGAAACUGUUAGCUGGAGAUCCAGAUGUCAGUGCGAGCUGUGGCGAGUCUCGGUCACGUUCGGCGCGAUCUAGGGACCUUAGAAUCGAGUGUCUGCGUGGACCGAGCAACAACUGAAGGCAGAGACAUUGACACUGCAAACCCUCAUGAAGCCUUCACUGAAGUCAAAACUGAUGGAAGAAGGUGUCCCUUAGACGGGUUAGCCGGCAUUUUGUUGUAGAUGUCACAGCGAAUUUAACCGAAAACGCGUCCUGGUCAAAGGCAGGCGUGGGAGUCGGAUGUCCGGUACGACUUACCCGCAACCGGAGGCAGAUGCUCCGUCAUUUCCUGUGUAAACCCUCAUGACGCCUUCGCGGGUGUCAUCAGUUUUGAUUUUUUUUCAGUGGCGCAAGUUAGCUCCAUGUGUUUACUUGUUAAUUUAUUCAGCAGAGAUCCGUGCAGUUGGACUUGGACAUGGUCACACUCCAUAAAGUUGUGGCUCCUCUUCUCGUUUUUCUUCUUCAUGUCAAGCCUCGCGUCAUGUCGCCCAACUUCUUGUCAUGCCAGUUCCCCCAGGUGUUUGUGCUCAGGAUGGUGAUUCAUGAGGCGUCACAUUUCAUUUAUCCUUCAGGCCUGUCCUUCAUCGGCUUUACUGUAGCACAGUGAGACGACUUACAACCCCCCGAUGCUUUUAUUUCUAUUUAUCGAGUAUUUUUUUAAACCACAGUAUUUCCUCAAAUAGUCACCGGCUGCAUCUAAACACCUUAGUGACGAUUAGUGUUCCGCGAGACUCCGGUUGUGUGGUUACUUCACAAUGUGUAGGUUACAGGGCUAGUUACACUUCCUCAAAUUAUUAUGAUUAUUUUUUGGCAUCGUUUCUCCACUUUAAUGUUUCAAAUCAUCACACUAAUAUAGAAAUCUAACAAAGAAAACCUAAUUAAACAUAAAAUACAGUUUUUAAAUGGUGAUUUUAUUUAUUGAGGGGAAAAAAAUAUUGAAAUCUACCUUGCCCUGUGUGAAAAAGUAAUUGCGUGAGUCCAUGUUUAUGUUCUGUGGUCAUUUAUUUCACCCAGUCUCUUGUUCUUAAUACACAAUUUUACCGUAUACGAAGACGGUUGUCGAUUAGUGUUCCAUUUGACUGACGGUUUGUGCUCGCUCCGUGAUGUUGUCUGGAAGCUAAACCACUGCUGCUACAGCACAUUUGUUGCUUUUUAUUUUGCUUUAGACUGCACUUUCACUCAGAAUUGUAACAUUUCGCCUUCCCCAAACUGCAGUGGAGUAAAUAACUCGGCCACUGUUUGCGGAAAUACGCCCGUUUAGCAGGAACCAAAGUAGCAGGCGCCUGUUUAGCUAGCUAGCGUGCAUGGUAACCACAUUCAUGCUGUAGCUUCAGAACAUGCUCGUGGGUCAGUCCGGACCCAGGCCUCCUUUUCACGUGUUCUUUGCAUGUAGCAAAUCCCAGCCGCGUUUAGGUCUACAAACGUACAAAUCAGACCUUGACUUUAGCCUCUUUCAAGGAGAGAUCUCGCUAAAGACCUGAUGUUUAUCAGCCUUUGCCUUUAACACAGAACCCAGUGAAAGAUAUUGCCGUAGUAGCAACACUGGCGAGGAGGGCGUUGGGGGUCACAGGUUCGACUCCUUCUGGCAAUGCCUCGGGGCACUGUCAACGGUGACAGACAGCAAGGCAUUUAUUUACCACUUUUUUUUUGUUUUUAUUCUAGGGAGGGCUUUGAUGAUGUCAUUGUGCUUGUUUACCUCAAAGGCAAGACGCACGCACGGACAUGCACUGUGCUUUUGCAGUCACCCGGCAGCUCUCAGAUCGGUUUACAUGCGAUUGACUUCAUUUUCGGGGCGUCGCCGCUACCCUUUUCGUCAGCGUUUUCAGUUUGCUGUUGUUUUGCACCUCAUUGAUGGCGGGCGCUUACUAACCCCUCCGUUAGGUACACCUGCAACAAUGUGAUUAAACCCAAUACAAACGAAAUCUGCUUUUACGUAGGUAAAGGUGAUGUAUUCAUUGAAAAGUAUGUUUAUUAAUAUUGUGUUUUUUGCACUGCAUCAUACUAAGAUUUACUUAUAUUUUGAAAGAAAAAACAUAACUCCAAUUCUUGUGACCUUUAUCCUUUUUUGUUCCACAUCAAGUGUCCUUGUAAACGUGUGUGUUUGUGUGUGUGAUAUUGAAUGUAACACAUCACUUAAGUAUGAACAUUUGUUUUACUGGUGCAAGAUUAGCAUCAAAAUGAUACAUUUUGUUUAUUAAUCAGAAAAAACUCCACUUUCAUUUUCAUUUGCUUCAUAAAUGCUAGUGGCAUUUUGUGAAUGUUUGAUUUAUUUUUCAACUGAACAAGAAUGUAUUUUGUUGUUGUUGUUUUUGGCAUUAAAAGAACCUAAAAGCA